GCAAGAUAAACUUUUUAAGAAGAUGCACUGCCAAGACUUUUAUUUUGAAACAUACAAGCUACUUCCUGUCUCGUCGCUCGAAGGCGGGAUUUAAGAUAGAAUGACUGUGCACGAGCGGCUUGACAUGCUUUUGUUGUUGUCCCGUGCAGCCUGGAGCUCCUCCACCACUCUGCUUGUUAGCUAAAGUGUCGAGUUUGCGAUGCCGGGAUAAGCUUCAGUGAAGCCGCAGUCAUGUCGACCCCGAGCGGCAGCGCUUCAGGCGUUCACGGUCUGCUCCUGAAACUUCACCAGUCUCUCUCAGACGAAGACGCACGAGCUCUAGCUUUGAAAUGUCACGAUGUUUUCGGUGUUUUGGGGCAGGAGUGCAUGCUAACGUCCACCGAGAAUGAGCUUGCUCUACAGGCGUCCUUGUUGUUCUCCAAAGACCACGGAUUGCUCAGUUUCCUGAGAAAAUCGUUGGUUUUUGAUGAGCUGAGGGACACACGAGUGGAGAUCUUGGUGUUUUUGGAAAAGUUUCUGGACAAAGUGUCACCGAAGGUUAAAGGCUGGGAAAAAACGUACGCCAUCGAUAUUAGAGACAUGUGCAUGGCUGUGUACACAAAGGAGAAAGUUGCCAAAUGUAGAACUCCGGUCCUUGAACUACUUAUAAAGGUUCUUCAAACUACAAAGGCUUCCAGUGUUUCGUCAGACUUCAGAAUCGGUGACAUUUUCAACCGAUUCUACGGCGAGCUCUGUCACAAGUCUAAACUACCCGAUUCAGUUCUGGGUAAAAUCUACGAGUUGCUAGGAGUUCUUGCAGAAGUUCAUCCCAGCGAGAUGGUCAACCACUCAGACAAACUCUUCAAGGCCAUCCUGGGCGAACUGAAGGAGCAGAUGACCUCUGCAACGCGGGAACCAAAGCUUUAUGUUGUUGCUGGAUGUUUGAGGGGAAUCACGGCUCUUAUGGUCAACUUCACUAAAACUGCUAAAGAGGACCCGGAGACAUCAAAGGAGAUUUUCCAGUAUGCCUUGAAAGCCAUCAGUCCACAGACAGAAAUGACCCGCUAUGCUGUCACAUUUGCGGGGCUCAGGCUGAUCGGCAGACAUGCGGCACAGUUCAGCAGCUGCCUCAUGGAGCACCACAGGGCCCUGUUUGAGACCAUGUGCAGGCUGUGCGGUCACAUCAACGGCGAGAUGAAGAAGACCAGCUACUAUGCUCUGGAAGCCUUUCUGAAGCAGGUUGCAAUUUUGGUGGCUGAAAACAUUGAAGAGCACAAAAACAAGUUGAAGUUCUUCAUGCAGAAGUUCUGCGGCAUCAUCAAAACCAUGGAAUCCACACACAAAGAGCUGUCCAUCGCAAUACGAGGAUAUGGAUUCUUCGCAGGCCCAUGCAAGAAAGUGUGCCCACAAGAUGUGGACCUGAUGUACACGGAGCUGAUCCAGCGCUGUAAGCAGAUGUACCUGACAGAGUCUGAUGGCGAGGACGACAGCUUCUACCAGCUGCCCAGCUUCCUGGACUCCAUAGCCAGUGUCAUAAUCCACCUGGACAAGAUUCCAGAGGUGUACACUCCUCUCCUGGAGCGGCUGCUUGUCGUGCAGAUUGACAGCUUCCCUCAGUACAGUGAGAAGAUGCAGUUCAACUGCAGCAGGUCCAUCAUUAAGGUGCUGGUGGCCAUGGCCUCCAAAGGGCCGGUUCUGUGGAGUUUCAUCAGCUCCGUGGUGCAUCAAGGCUUGAUUCGAGUUUGUUCCAAACCUGUCGUAGCUUCUGAGGAUGCUGAGUCUUCUCAAGUUAGAACCGGAAACUGGAAAAUUCCCUUAAGUCAAAACUACCUUCCUCUUUACAAAGGGCUCUUAGACUGCGAUCAGUUAAAGGAUUCUGGGUUUUUGGAGGGGGCUUUUGAAAGUCAGAACGCUGCUCUGGGGUCUUUGAGUCGCCUUCUGUACGACGAGCUGGUGAAGUCAAUCCUUCGUAUUGUGGAAAAGCUGGAUCUGUCUGUGCAGAAAAUACAAGGGGAGGAGACUCCAGAUGACGCAGCCCACAUCCUGCCGUCCUCUGACCCCACAGCUCACCUCCUACCCAACAAAGUCAAAGACUUCACUGCCUUCAUCAACCUGGUGGACUUUUGCAGUGAUCUGCUGCUGAAUAAACACACAGAGUAUUUCCAUUCCUGGGUGUUUCCUUUGAGUCACGAGCUGAUCCUCCACUCCAUUCGAAAUCCUCUCAUCAGUGGAUUUUACAAGCUGCUCUCUGUUACCAUGAAAAUCACCAAGAGAAUCAAGUAUUUUCAGGGAGUUGGUCUGAGAUCGACCUCAAGCUCUCACCACGAUCCAGUGAAAAGUGCUUGCUUUGCUCUCUUCUCAAAGUUUGGAAAAGAGGUGUGUGUUAGAAUGAAGCAAUACAAAGACGAGCUGCUGGCGUCCUGCUUGUUCUUUGUGCUUUCGCUGCACCACAAUAUCGUGGCUCUGGACAUAAAGGCCUACACCCCCGCCCUGGAGACGGCUCUAAAGUUGGGUCUGAGCCACGUCCCUCUGGCCGGUGCAGCCAUCGAUGCUCUGGAGGACUGGUCCUUACGUCUUCCUCUGGAGACGAUGCAGCCCGUCUACACAACCGUCCUGCCGCUCCUGGACUGGUACCUGAAAACCUCCUCCACCGACGACCAAGAUGAGAACAAAUGGGAGGUGAUGUCGUCACUCUCCUCAAGAAGUGACAGAGGAUACAGCAAAGUGAUGACGAGGCUCCUGAAGAAAUCCAGCCAGCUCUCCGUGGAAGACGCUCCUCUCACCAAAGUCAGACUCCGAGUGGUGAAGCUGCUCGGCCAUCUGGGAGGGAAGCUCAACCGGAACCUAGUGACGGUUGUUUCCUCUGAAGAAAAGAUGAAAAGGUUUGUUGCCUGGGACUCUGAGAAAAGACUCAGCUUUGCGGUUCCUUUCAUGGAUAUGAAGCCGGUCAUCUACCUGGAUCCGUUUCUGCCUCGCAUCAGCGAGCUGGCUCUGUCGACCAGCGAUCGACAAACCAAAGUGGCGGCAUGUGAGCUGCUCCACAGCAUGGUGGUCUACAUGGUUGGGAAGAGCGCUCAGAUGGUGGAAGGAGAGAACAAAGUACCGCCGAUGUACAAGCUGCACAAAAGACUGUUUCCUGUGCUGCUGCGGCUGGCAUGCGAUGUCGAUCAGGUAACCCGGCAGCUUUUUGAGCCCCUUGUCAUGCAGCUGAUUCACUGGUUCACCAACAACAAGAAGUUUGAGAGUCAGGACACAGUCGCUGUUCUGGAGGCCAUUGUGGACGGCGUGGUUGACCCCAUGGACAGCACGCUGAGAGACUUUUGCGGCCGCUGCAUCGAGGAGUUCGUCAAGUGGUCCAUCAAACAGACGACCCCCAAGCAGCAGGAGAAGAGUCCUACCAACAUGAAGUCUCUGUUUAAGCGCAUCUACAGCCUGGCUCUCCACCCCAGUGGCUUCAAGAGGCUGGGGGCUUCUUUAGCAUUCAACAGUAUCUACAGACAGUUCAGGGAGGAAAACUCGCUGGUGGAUCAGUUUAUUUUUGAAGUUCUGGUUGUUUUUGUGGAAAGUUUGGCUCUGGCUCACUCGGACGAACGAUCGCUGGGUACACUGCAGCAGUGCGGCGCUGCCAUCGAUCAUCUAAAGAGAAUCAUUAAACACAAGGCUCCCAGUCUCAACCAGCACAAUGCAAAGAGACGCAUCCCAAGGGGUUUUCCCUCAGAUGUGAAGCUUUGUCUGUCAGACAUGGUGGAAUGGCUUCUAGAACAAUGCGGUCGACCCCAAACGGAGUGUCGCCACAAAUGCAUGGAGCUCCUCUACGAAUUCAUUCCCCUUCUUCCAGGAAAGAGAUCUCCUCCUCAGUGGCUGGACGGCAUGCUGAAGGAUCGUGGCGAUGACUAUCUAGUCUCAUGUUUCGAGGGCGGCGGCCUCGUCUUCCAGACCACUCUCAGGGAUUUGACGAGUCCAUUCAGCGUCCGUGCCACCCUGCAGUGGAUGGACCUGCUGCUGGCUGUUUUGGACUGCUACAACACCUUCAUCAGCCUACACAUCAUCAAACCUCAGCAUAUUCUUAGUUGUAAGGAUAAAUCGAGCUUCCUGAAAGCAACACAUUUCUUCCUGACUGAACUGGCGACCCGGGAGCUCGCAGCAGCAGAGAGCUGCUUCCUCUUCGGAGAAAGAACCUCUCACUUCAGUCCAAGAGAGGUGGAUCAGUACAACUACAGCAAAUGCACCAUCAUCGUCCGGCUACUGGAGUUUACCUCCAUGAUCCUUGUCAAAGGAGACCAGACGUUUUGGGAGCUUCUGGAGGCGGAGAUUUUUUGUGCGGUUUUCUUUGAGCUGACCGCUGCAGUGGUGUGCGAGCCCUCCUCUGUAGGCUUCAACAUUGCCGAUGUGGAGGUGAUGAAGAACCUUCCGGAGGUGUGCGUUCCUCUUCUUAAGGCCUUGCUGGCCUCCCCCUUCCGCAGUCGCCUGGAAAGCAGCUUACGUGUGAAAAUUUCCCGCAAAAGUGUGGAGGACCUGUGUACUGUAGAUCUGUAUCAUUCAGACACGCUGAGCCGCCACGGCCAAAUGGAAAUGGUGCUCUCCUCCUGUAAACAGAUUCACAAAGCUGGAUUCCUCAGCUCCAUUUUGGACAGCCAGGAUUCAGGCUAUGCCAAAUCCCUGGCAUUCCAGCUUCUAAUGACCGUGUAUAAAGGCAUCGCUCCAGGAGAAGAAAGGAAAGCUCUCCCAUCCUUGGAUGUUAAUACCAGAAGGAUAGCUGAUAGUUUGCUUCAGCUCUCAUUUUCUUUCAGCCAGCAGAGCGAGCAGCUGGUGGAUUUGCUCCUGAACACCAUCAUGCUUUCUGUACCGAUCUCCGGCGGCCGGAGCCACAACUUCCUGAGCUUCUCCCACGGCGAGUACUUCUACAGCCUCUUCCAGGCCACCAUCAACGCCGAGCUGCUGAAAAGCCUGGAGUCCACCGUCCCACGCCUGAUGAAGGCCUCCACCCAAAACCUCACCAUGGUGAGCAUGCUGCUGAACGGCAUGCUGGACCAUAGCUUCAGAGAGCGCUCUGUGAGGAAGACUCAGGGGAAGAAGCUGGUUGAGGAGGUGUUGGGACGAUGGAUCAGCCUGCAGCCGUGGUGGGAGGGACCUUCAUCAACACCGGAGAGCAAGACUGCCACUCUGCUCCUGCUCUCUAAGCUGCUACAGAUCGAUUCUUCUGUGUGCUCUGACAUAAACCAUGAAGCCUUCACACUGGUGUUCUCAACUUUCACCGCGCUGCUGGUAGACAUGAAUCUGCCCCUGAAUCUGAAGAGUCAGGCCCUCUUGGUUCUGCCCUUCUUCACCACCCUGCCGGAGAAACCCCUGGAUGAGCUGCAGAAAGCCCUCGACUCUCUGGUGGCGUCCCACUUUCCAAUGCAGUCGGACGAGUUUGCCAAAGGCUCGCUUCAUCGGAACAACUACAUGGACUGCAUCCGCAAGCUGCUGGAUGCUCUGGAGCUCUCCCAGAGCCCCCUCCUGCUCAGGCUGCUCGCUCUGGUUCUGUGUCGAGACAGUAAACACAUCAUGGAAGAGCAGUUUCAAACCUGUUUCCAAAGGGUUGCAAAGAGGUCCAGCAGUGAUCGGCAGCUGCAGCUGCUGAGCGCGGCGUACGAAGUGAUUCAGCGCGGUGACGUUCCUGUCAGCUCCAUGCUGCAGGCUAUGAUGGAGCGGGUUCUGCUGCCUCUGGCCUCCAACUGCGGCACCAAGGCCCUGACCGAUUUCUUUGUGGCCAAUGUCUGUGAUAUAAUCGCUCUCCUGCUCAGCCGUUUUACCAAGUCAAGUGAAUCAGCUUUUGAGGUGCAGUUACUGAAGAAGACCGGGUGCUUUAAGCUCAUGGAGCUCCUGUAUUCCCGGCUUUCCAAAGAAGAGCUGUACUCCAAAGAGUCACGGAUCAACCAAGCUUACUGCCGCCUCGACAAAACUGAGGGGAAUGAGAUGUCCAAGAUUUUAGUCAAGUCGAGUUUUGAAGCCUUCACUGAAAAUAUGGCCGGUGAGACUCAGCUGCUUGCACUGCGGAGGAUUUAUCACUGCGCGGCUUAUAACUGCGCCAUUGCCGUCAUCAGCUGCUGCUUCAAUGAGCCCAAAUUCUACCAGGGCUUCCUCUUCAGUGAGAAACCGGAGAAGAAUCAAUUCAUUAUGGAAAACAUCAUUGACGUUGAAAGGACGUACAACUUCCCCAUUGAAAUUGAGGUCCCUCUUGAACGGAAGAAGAAAUACAUCAUGAUUCGAAAAGAAGUUAACGAGGAGAACGGAGAGGCGCCUGUGUAUCUGUCCUCACAGUCCUACAUGGCCGACAGCAGCCUCAGCGAGGAGAUGAGCCAAUUCGACUUCUCCACGGGCGUCCAGAGCUUUUCACUCGGCUCCCAAAACCCAGAGGGGAACAGGCGCACCGUUGCUAAAAGAGAGACGGAGGAGACUCCAGCCUCCCAGGAUUCAUUGGUGGAUCUAGAAAUGGAUGACCUAAACCAGCAUGAAUGCAUGACCACCAUGGUUGCUCUGAUUGGACACAUGCAAAGGAAUAGCAUAACUCCCCAAAUCCAAAAGGGAAAUCUGCCUAACGAGCUUCCACCGUGGAUGAAGUUCCUGCAUGGAAAACUGGCAAAUUCAUCAACUCCCCUCAACAUUCGACUUUUCAUCUCGAAGCUGAUCAUCAACACUGAAGAGGUUUUUCGACCGUAUGCCAAGCACUGGCUCGGGCCGCUCCUGCAACUAGUCGUCUGCGGAAACAACGGCGGUGCGGGGAUCCAUUUUAUGGUGGUGGACAUUGUGGUGACGGUGCUGUCAUGGACGAGCCUUACAACUCCAAAGGGAAACCCCAGAGAUGAAGUCCUCGCCAACCGACUGUUGGAGUUCCUGAUGAAGAACAGCUUUCACCCCAAACGGGCCGUUUUCCGCCACAACCUGGAGAUCAUUCGCACUGUGGUGGAGUGCUGGAAAGAGACGCUGCUGGUGCCUUACAGUUUGAUAUACGAGCGAUUUUGUGGCACUGACCAGAGCAGCAAAGACAACUCUGUGGGGCUCCAGCUGCUGGGAAUCAUCCUGGCCAACAACCUCCCCGCCUACGAGGCUUCAUGUGGAAUCGAAUACGACAGGUACAUCCAGUCUCUGACGCAGAACUUGUCCUUCGUGAGAUACAAAGACGUUUACUCAGCGGCUGCAGAAAUCAUCGGCCUCACGCUGAAGAACAUGUCUGCUAUGGGCAAUGAUCUACAAGAGCUUCUCAAUCUGGCUGCAAAUAAGAUAACGAAUCUAAAGAAGAAGGAUCUGGAUGACAAGUUCAUCAUCUGCCUGAACAAAGUUUCCAAACACUUUCCUCCGUUUAUGGAUCGGUUUGUCAAUCACGUGUUCUUCCUGCUGCCCAAGUUGCACGGCCUCCUGAAGACCAGCUGUUUGGAGUGCGUGCUGAGCCGGGCCGACGUCAUUCCGGACAUCUUUCUGCAGCUGAAAACCAGCGGCUUUAUUCAGACGCUGGGCCGCAGAGAUGAAGCGACGCAGAGAGUCUGUCUGGACAUCAUUCACAAAGUGACGGCUUGCCUGGUGCCGGCUGAGCUCCAGGAGUUCCUGGGCGCCGUGGCGGCCUUCGUCUCUCAUCCUUCACCUGUUUGCAGGGAGAGGAUGUACGACAUCCUCAUGUGGAUUCUGGACAACUACGGUGAUGAGGAGAGCAUGCAAGACGACACUUCUGUGGAGGUUUUGAAAACAGCCAAAGAAACUCUGCUUCAGGGAUUGUCCGAAGAAAACCAAGGCCUUCAACUUUACGUCCGUAACUUCUGGAGUCAGGAGAAGCGCCUUCCCACUGCAACCGUCGAGCGAAUGCUGAUGGUGCUCCGAUCCCUCUACUCCCGACAAAUCGAGAGGUGUUUUCUGAGUCUGGCUACAAACCUGCUGCUGGAGAUGACCAGCCAGAGUCCCGACUUCCAACGAAACAUGUUCGAAUACCCUCUGUCGGAGUGCACCUUCCAGGAUUAUGUGAUUGAUUCCAACUGGCGCUUCAGGAACACAGUAAUGACCCCCAUGUUUGUGGAAACUCAAAGCUCUCAGGGUCCAGAGAGCGUGGUUUCAGCCUCCCCAUCUGAGACCAUGAAGGGGAAGCUCAGGGCCACUCAGACCUCCCUGGAGUUUUCUCAAACCCAAGCUCCUGGUCGACGUAGUGCAUAUAACUGGCUGACGGGCAGCAGCGUGGAUACGCUGGCCGAUUACUCCCUCAGCUCCGAGUCUCUGUCAUCGCUGCUGGUGUUUGAGAAGAGAGCAGAGAGGCGGACAGCGGCGAGGAAGCCGGUAGGAGAAGGUUUCGGUCUGAGGCGUCUGACCGCGUCGACAGAUGAGGUGGACAGACGCACAAAAGCUGAAAAUGAGCAGCGCAGCAACAUCCUGAGACUGAGGCGACGAUUUCUCAAGGACCAGGAGAAAGUCAGCUUGGGUUUCGCACAAAAGGAGAUUCAACAACAGAGGCAGAAGAAGGAGGAGAAAGCUGACCAGAGGCUACGAAAAGAAGCUCAGGUGACUCUGUAUCGUAGCUACAGAGUCGGCGACUUCCCCGACAUCCAGAUCCCGUUCAGCAGCCUCAUCACUCCACUUCAAGCACUUGCUCAGAGAGAUCCUAUUUUAGCCAAAAAUCUCUUCAGCUCGCUGUUCGCUGGCAUCCUCAAAGAAAUGGAAAAACAGCGCGAUCCGGGAGAGACGAGGAGGAUCAAAGAGGAGCUGCGCUGCCACUUGAACUCCUUCCUGAGCGAGAGUACGCUCUGCUUCCCUCCAUUCAUAGCAUGCAUGCAGGAAAUGUGUUAUCAGCACAAGGAGCUUCAACACAUCAACCCGUCAGCCAUCAGCACCACCUGCCUCAUGAGCCUCCAGCAGCCAUCCGGCAUCCUGCUCCUGGAGGAGGGCUUGCUGCACGCCGACGGCCCGGACGAGCGUCCCGCCAAACGCUCACGAGGUCGCCGGGAGAUCCCUCCAGACACCAACAAAUGGAUCCAACUUGCAAGGCUUUACCGCUCUCUGGAGGAUUAUGACGUUGUUCGCGGCAUCUUCGGUGGAAAAGUUGGGACCAAAUCCAUCACAUGUUCUGCACUUCAAGCUGAGGCCAACACUGACUUUGCAGAAGCUGUGAAGCUUUAUAAUGAGGCUUUAAACACUGAAGACUGGCCAGACGGAGAACCAACCGACUCUGAGAAGGACUUCUGGGAAAUAGCAGCCAUGGAGGCCUACAACCAGCUGACGGAGUGGAAGUCACUGCAGUACUGCUCCACCAUUUCCAUAGAUGACAACACUCCACCCAACCUGGAGAAGAUGUGGUCAGAGCCUCUUCAUCAGGACAUGUAUCUGCAGCACAUGAUUCGAAGCAUGCUGAAGCAGCUGCAGCUGGGCGAGAGGAGCCAAACCCUUCUCACCUUCAUCGACAGCGCCAUGAGGGUGGAGGAGCGCAAGAAGCUGCUGGAAAGCCGCUACAGCCAGGAGCUCAGCCUGCUCUACAUCCUGCAGGAGGACUACGACCGCUCCAAAUACUACACCAACUACAGCAUGCAGCUCUUCAUGGAGAGUUACUCCAGUGUGGACACGCUGCUGACUCAAAGUCGGCUCACCCUGCUGCAGUCGGUGCAGGCUCUGACGGAGAUCCAGGACUUUCUGAUGUUUGUGAAAGGAGAAGUGUCUGUGGGCUCCGUUAAGCGGCUUGUCAGAUCGUGGACUGAUCGGUACCCCGAUGCAAAAGUGGACCCAGCGAAUGUUUGGGAUGACAUCAUUACAUCUCGGUGUUUCUUCUUGGACAAAAUCAUGGAGAAGCUGAGAGGCCACGCCCCCAGUGACAGCAUGGAGGUGGGCGAUUCACAAGACCCGGCGGGCGACAUUGAGACCGUGGUCAGCGAGUGCAAGUUCAGCAUGAAGCUGCACAUGGCUGACAGCGCCUGGAAGCAGAAAAACUUCCCCGUUGCCACUAAGCUGCUAAAGGAGCUUCACAGAGAAGCCAAAGCGAACAGAAGCUGGCUGCUGCAGUGGGUCCACUGCUACAGCCGCUACAGCCACAAGCGCAGCCAGACUCAGGGUCCUGUGGAGCAGAUCAGUACCAUGCUGAAGGUCAUCCCACUGCUCGAGGACCUUGAGUCCGACUGUCAGAGUGCAGCAACUAAAGUGUUCAGAUACCAGAAGAUACUUCAGGGAACGUCGUUCCACAUCUUGGCUGCAGCUGUAGGCAGAAGUCCGUCAGUCCUGGAAGCUCUGGAACCUGAAAAAACUGAGAAAGUCAUCCGGCUUUCAGGAAGCACUUCCUCACCUGUGCAGCCAAAGGAGGUGGAGGUCUCCUUACAGCUGAAAGCCCUGAAGCUGCUGCGGGACGCCUCCAGAAAGGCGGACGAGGAGCUGCAGUCUUACUCGCAGGACUUCGUGGACACCAGCAGCGUCACAGAGACGUACAUGACCUUGGCUAACUUCUGUGACAAACUGCUGAGGGAAGAAGAGCAGAGCGGCAAAGUGAGCGAGUUUCCAGAACUUCUGCGUCUGCCGGUUCAUGUUGUGGAGAGCACGCUGAAAGCCCUGAGGCUGAGCUCGGAGGAGGCUCGCCUCAGGUUUCCACGUCUGCUGCAGAUCAUCGAGCUGUAUCGCUCGGAGACACUGGACCUCAUGACCAAAGAGAUGGCCUCCGUUCCUUGCUGGAUGCUGAUCUGCUGGAUCAGUCAGAUGGUUGCUCUGCUGGACAAGCUGGAGUCGGUGGCCGUGCAGCACUGCAUCAAGCAGAUGGCAGAGAGCUACCCCCAGGCUUUGGUCUACGCCCUCAUGAUCAGCAGUGAAAGUUUCCAGUUUGAGGAUUCCGCUGCAGGACACCAGCAGCAGGAAUUUGUCAACCGGCUCAGGAGCAGUCUGGAUAAAGGAGGAGCGGUGAAGAACUUGGUGGACGCACUGCAGCAACUGACAAACCCUAACAUGAUUUUUAGGGACUGGUGGGAAGGUGUGAAGAAUGAACUGGAGAAGCCGACUUUUACUAAGAAGCAGAUGAGGAGCAUGUACGAGGAGAUGCACUCUGCUCUGUGCUGCCCCAACACGGAGGGGCACGGAAUGUUUCGCAGGAAAUUCAUCCAGGAGUUCUCCAAAAAAGUGGAGAAACUGUUUGGACCUGGUGGCAGCCAGCUGUUUGAGAAGAAGAGAGACAAAGGCUUUUUAAAGGAGAUCGAUAAACUGCUGGAAGCCAUGCGUGGAAUUUCUAAGGAACCGGGGAAUCUGAAGGAAUACUCCCCCUGGCUGAGCGGGUUUAAAGCCGACGCCUUCAACAAUGAGCUGGAGGUCCCGGGUCAGUACGAUGGCAGAUCCAAACCUCUACCGGAGUAUCACGCCAAGAUAACCGGCUUCGAUGAAAGGGUGAUGGUGAUGUCGUCCAUCCGCCGUCCCAAACGCCUGAUCAUCCGAGGGGACGAUGAGCGAGAUCACCCCUUCCUGGUGAAAGGUGGGGAGGACCUGCGGCAGGACCAGCGCAUCGAGCAGCUUUUCUCCAUCAUGAACAUCGUGCUGAGCAACGACACGGCCUGCGUGCAGCGCGGCCUGCAGCUGCACACCUAUCAAGUCAUUCCCUUAACCACCAGGGUCGGUCUCAUUGAAUGGAUGGAAAACACUUGUGUUCUGAAGGACUUUAUAAAGAACACAAUGACUAAGGAAGAGCAGAAGACGAAGGACAAACCUCUUGAAGUCUACAAUUCGUGGCUUUCAACCUUUAAAUCAAAGUCACAGGAUAAUCCUAUCAGUCUGUAUUCACUUGCAUACCAGAAAGCCAAGCGUGGUGAUGCUGGAAAAAAUUUCCUGAGAGUGCUGCAGCACGUCCCCGCUGACCUGCUGAAGAGGGCGUUCCUGAGGAUGUGCAACAGCCCAGAGGCCUUCCUGUCCCUGCGAUCCCACUUCAUCAGCUCUCAUGCUCUGCUGUGUGUCAGCCACUGGGUCCUCGGCAUCGGAGACCGCCAUCUGUCCAACUUCAUGGUCAACAUGGAAACUGGAGGCAUGAUCGGCAUCGACUUUGGUCACGCUUUUGGUUCUGCCACGCAGUUCCUCGCCGUUCCCGAGCUCAUGCCGUUCCGACUGACUCAGCAGUUUGUGAACCUGAUGCAGCCGUUGAAGGAGUCCGGAUUGAUCCAGAGCAUCAUGGUCCACUCCCUCCGGGCCUACCGGGCCGAGCCCGACCUUCUGCUCAACACCAUGGAUGUGUUCAUUAAGGAACCCUGUUUGGACUGGAAGAACUUUGAAGUGAAACAGCUGAGGAAAGGAGGCACCUGGACCGACAGCGUCAACACCAAAGAGGUCAACUGGUACCCGCUGCAGAAGGUCAACUUCGCCAGGAGAAAACUGGAAGGAGCGAAUCCGGCCGUUCUAACCUGUGAGGAGCUGAAGCUGGGUUUCGAGAAGGACGCCGCCUUCCCGGGGAUGCAGGCGGCAGCUCUGGGGUCGGAGGAGCACGUCCGUGCGAAGCUCCCAGACGCAGGUCUGUCAGUGGAGAAGCAGGUGGACUGUCUGCUGGAUCAAGCCAUGGAUCCAAAUGUCCUCGGCAGAGUUUGGCAUGGGUGGGAACCCUGGAUUUAAGUUAUGUCCAACCUUUUUCUUCUGGUUGUUUUGUUGGAAAAAAAUGUUUGGUCCAAAAUACUGUAAAUCACUUUAAAAAAACACAAAUUUGUCAAAAAAGCAAAUAAAGGUAAAUGUGUUUUCUUAUGUGA